UCCGCGGACCGCUCGGGUCAGACCCCUCAGCUCCGCGCGACAGCCAACUAGCAGCCCUCGGACAGCCUCUGGACAGACUCUGGGCAGCCUUUGAAAGGAAUCGUUCGGAAGGGGAUGAGAGAGAAAAAAGACUGCUUUUAACUCGACAAAGAUGGUGGUGACGACGGCAGAGGCUGCUGUUGCUGCUGUUCCGCGAAAGCAGGAGGAAAUGGAAGACAACGCAGAGGCCGUCCUGGAGGGCCUGCAGGGCCUGCGCGAGCUGGUGCAAGCUGACGCGGACCUGGUGUGUCCGGUGACGGACGAAUUCCUGUCCCGGUUCCUCUGGGCCGCGGACCUCGACGUCAAAAAAUCGUACCACCUGGUCCAGGAGUACUUCGCCGCGAGGCGCGACUACCCGGACGUGUUCCUGCUCAACGACCCCAACAUGUACGUGUCCAUCUUCGAGAGCAACGAGCUGGGCUUCGAGCUGGCCGACAGAGACGCCCUGGGCCGCCGGAUCUUCGUCGCCAGGAUAGGUGACAUGGACCCCACCCGCCACAAGUUCGAGGAGGUCCUGCAGACGUGCCUGAUGACGCUCGAGUCCCUGUCCGUGGACCCCGAGGUGCAGCGGCUCGGCAUCGUGGUGCUGGUGGACAUCACGCGCUUCUCCUACAAGCUGGUGCGCUGGCUGACACCCUACAAGAUCAAGGUGUCCCUCAAGUUUCUGCAGGACUGCAUCCCCAUUAAAAUGCAGGCCUUCUACUGCGUGAACGCGCCGCGGGUCUUCAGCCUCACUUACAACGCGGUGAAGCCGCUAAUGAAGGAGGAGUUCAGACGGAAGAUUUCUUGGCACAAUGGUGACCUGUCGUCGCUGCACAAGGUGAUCCCCCCCUGCGUGCUCACAAAAGACUUCGGAGGCACCGGGGAGGUCAACUGGGCCGAUUGGUUCAACCACGUCUUAGAAAAGAAACCUAUGUUCGAAGAACUAAAAUCGUACGGGUACGUGAAGCAGCGCAAAUAAGUACAUCGCCUAGUUUUAACUAAUUGGAAGAACAUUGUCUGUGUUUACUGUUUACCUUUUACUUUAUAAUGUGCCACUUUUCACUCACGCAGGAUAUUUUCCCGCUCCUUUUCCAUGCUUACUGUAUAGUAUUUCAUCAAUCUGUGAUGGACAAGUAAAUAAACUACCAGUUAACGUA